GAGAGGAGCGGGCGGGAAAUGGCUGCUGGUCUCGGAUCAUUGCUACGCGAGUGCCCGCUUCUUUUACCUCAGAACCGGGAAGGGAGUGUCUAUGAGGGCUUCAUCACCAUCCAGGGCAGAGACUUUCAUAUAAGGAUAUUGUUACCAUUGGAUCUUCAGAUGAAAAAUGCUAGGAUACAGUGCAGUUGGCAUUUGAAAAAGUUGUUAGAUGGAUAUCUUCAGAUUCUUAAACAGAGGUUGCAGCACUCUUCAGAUCUUGUCAGUUUCAUGGUGGAAUUGAAGACUAUUUUGGAAGUUGCUUUGAAAAACACAACAGAACUGCAUGCGCCACCUCCUCCUCAAUAUUACUCUGGCCUCAUCGGAGAUAUAGAAACUUUGGGGUGGAAUAAGGUUGCAUUUGUAGAUCCUGCUUUUAGUACCAUUAGGUUAAAAGUAGAAGAUUCAUGUGGUCGGAAUCACCUCAUUACCUUGAAGUUAACUCCAAAGUAUCCCAUAGAACCACCAGGUUGCCUUGUGGAUUUACCAAUCCAGUUCUCUGUCUCCUGGAUUCCACAGAGCUCCUUAUUAAGCAUUCACAGUCAGUUCUUGGCAGCAUUAGAAUCAUUGAAGGAGUUUUGGAAUGCUCUAGAUGAAAUUGAUGAGAAGACCUGGGUACUUGAGCCAGAAAAACCCACACGGAGCACCACAAUGCGAAGGAUUGCAAUUGGAAACAACGUUUCAGUUAAUAUAGAGGUAGAUCCCAGGCAUCCCACUAUGCUUCCGGAGUGUUACUUUCUUGGAGCAGACCACGUGGUAAAUCCCCUGAAAAUCAAGCUGAACAGUAACAUACACCUAUGGGAUCCAGAAAUUGGCUUAUUACAAAAUUUGAAAGAAGUUUUAGAAAUUGAUUUUCCAUCUCGAGAAGCUCUAGAAAAAACUGACUUCUCUAUGGAAUGUGGGAUCUGCUAUGCUUACCGUCUUGAUGGGGCUAUUCCAGACCAAGUCUGUGAUGACUCUCGCUGUGGUCAGCCGUUCCAUAAAGCUUGUUUAUAUGAGUGGCUCCGUGGACUCCCUUCUAGUCGACAAAGUUUUAACGUCAUCUUCGGUGAAUGUCCAUAUUGUAACAAGCAAAUCACAUUGAAAAUGUCUAUGAAGAAAGUCUGAAAUGGGAUUUCAGGAGACCCAUAACUACAUAUGGCUGCAAUCUAAGAA